UUUAAUAUGCAGCAAAUUGCGUGAUAAGUGCUCUGGCUCAUGAGACGAGAAAAUCAACAGGGGUGGGAGCAUCCCGGACUGCUCUCUGGGAAAGGGGCAGGGGCGUGUCCAUUCCGCUCACCUACCUGGCUGUGCCUGCUGGAGAACAGGAGUGGUUGGAAGAAUAAUGCAUGUAAGUCUUUGACAUCAUGAUGUACAUCCGGCAAAGAAAAGAGGUAAAAACCGCCACUGCCACCGAGGUUUCUGAGGAUUUUCCAGCACAAGAAGAAAAUGGGAAGUUAGAAAAUAAAUUGCCAUCUGGUUGUACCAACAGACGAUUUUGGAACAUCCUGUCAUUUACAGUUGGUGGAACCACUGCCCUGGGUAUUGGACUCCUUACAUCUGUCUACCUUGCCACCUUACAUGAGAAUGACUUAUGGUUUUCUAACAUUAAGGAAGUGGAACGAGAAAUCUCAUUCAGAACAGAAUGUGGAUUAUAUUACUCCUACUACAAGCAGAUGCUGCAGUCUCCAACCCUCAAGCAAGGUUUUCAUGGCUUAAUAUAUGAUAAUAAAACGGAAUCUAUGAAGACAAUUAACCUCCUUCAGCGAAUGAAUAUUUACCAAGAGGUUUUCCUCAGUAUUUUAUAUAGAGUUCUACCCAUACAGAAGUAUUUAGAGCCAGUUUAUUUUUAUAUUUAUACGUUAUUUGGACUCCAAGCAGUCUAUGUCACAGCUCUUUAUGUAACCAGCUGGCUCCUUAGUGGCACCUGGCUAUCAGGACUGUUAGCAGCUUUCUGGUAUGUCACAAAUAGAAUAGAUACCACAAGAGUUGAGUUUACCAUCCCACUGAGGGAGAACUGGGCACUACCAUUCUUUGCAAUCCAGAUAGCAGCAAUUACAUAUUUCCUGAGACCACACUUACAGUCUCUUUCUGAAAGGCUGACACUUCUUGCCAUUUUCAUAUCAACUUUUCUCUUUAGUCUGACAUGGCAAUUUAAUCAGUUUAUGAUGCUGGUGCAAGCUUUUGUGCUAUUCAUACUGGACUCCUUGGACAUGCUGCCAGCGGCGAAGGCAACAUGGUUGUAUGGUAUACAGAUAACUGGUUUGCUCCUGGUCUGCAUUCUUCAGUUUUUCAAUUCCAUGAUUCUUGGAUCAUUGCUUAUCAGCUUCAACCUUUCAGUAUUAAUUGCAAGAAAACUUCAGAAAAACCUGAAAACUGGAAACUUCCUUAACAGGAUCAGGAAACUUUUAUUACAUUUAUUUGUAGUUUUCUGUUUGACACUUUUUCUCAACAAUAUUACUAAGAAAAUUCUUAAUCUGAAGUCAGAUGAACACAUAUUUAACUUUCUAAAGGCAAAAUUUGGGUUUGGAGCAACAAGGGAUUUCGAUGCAAAUCUGUAUCUGUGUGAAGAAGCUUUUGGCCUCCUGCCUUUUAAUACAUUUGUAAGGCUUUCAGAUACUCUGCUCUUUUAUGCUUACAUAUUUGUUCUGUCCAUCGCAGUGAUUGCAGCAUUGGUUGUUGCCUUUCAUAAUCUCAGUGAUUCUACAACUCAGCAAUCCAUGAGUAAAAUGGGACAAUGCACAGUUGACUUGAAACCAGAAACUGCUUACAACUUGAUACAUACCAUUCUGUUUGGAUUCUUGGCACUGAGUACAAUGAGAAUGAAGUACCUCUGGACGUCACACAUGUGUGUGUUUGCAUCAUUUGGUCUGUGCAGUAGCGAAAUAUGGGGGUUAUUUCUGAAGUUGGUCCAUCUUUAUAACCCAAAGAGGAUAUAUAUAAUGCAAUACUCAGUACCAAUAUUAAUACUGCUGUAUCUGUGCUAUAAGUUCUGGCCAGGAAUGAUGGAUGAACUCUCCGAGUUGAGAGAAUUCUAUGACCCAGAUACAGUGGAGCUGAUGAACUGGAUUAACUCUAACACCCCAAGAAAGGCAGUGUUCGCGGGAAGCAUGCAGCUGCUGGCCGGAGUCAAGCUGUGCACCGGAAGGACCUUAACCAACCACCCGCACUAUGAAGACAACGGCCUGAGGGAGCGAACCAAAGCGGUUUAUCAAAUAUACGCAAAGAGGUCCCCAGAGGAAGUGCAUGCCCUCCUGAAAUCCUUCGGUACUGACUAUGUGAUCCUGGAAGACAGCAUCUGCUACGAGCGCAGGCACCACCGGGGCUGCCGGCUGCGGGACCUUUUGGACGUUGCCAAUGGACACACGAUGGAUGGCCCAGGAGAGAAUGAUCCCAAUUUGAAGCCUGCAGACCACCCUCGCUUCUGCGAAGAAAUCAAAAGAAACCUGCCUCCCUACAUGGCACACUUUACCAGGGUGUUCCAAAACAAGACGUUUCACGUCUACAAGCUGUCCAGGAACAAGUAGCAGACAUUCCUGCCCUUCUGUGUUUUGGACAGAGUGAAACUGCGUUGUAAGGGAAGUUGUUAGCUGAUGAUUCUGGGGUGAGUGGGUUCCUGGUACCCAAAAGCUGUGAUGUGCAAACAUCCUGCAGCUGUUUACACAGGUGUCCCCAUCUUCCACAAGUUGAAGUCUUUCUUGUCUUAUCUUUGUCUUCAUUAGUCUAAAUGUUCACAACUUCCUGUGACUCACCUAGGAUUUGGCUGGUGGUCGGUAGUGUGUGUUCCAGAACGGCCUGGACAGCUCCAUACCAUGCUGACCAAGAGAGCUUGAAACACUUUUGAUUGUCAGUUAACUUACAAGGCAACUCUGAGCGGAAUGGAAAGGAUGCAUAUUUAAAUUAUUUAAUAUUAUUUCACUAGUGAAGACCAACUGGUGGCUUUUUAAAAAAGCUCUUUGUUGUCCUUUUUCAUCUUACAAUUUAAUAAUGUUUUCCAAUAUUCCUGGUUUUAACAUGAACAACAACAAAAAAUCAUGUUAGGUCUUUGUAUGUAUCGUAAACAUCACGUAGUACUCUCGCAUACAUUAUAUACCCAGUAGUCUGUGUCGUACAUUGACAGAGUGUUUUAAUGCUGGGCACAGAAAAAGUGUUACAAGUUCUGUAUGGUUCAUUUCUCAGAAGUCUAUGUAGCCAGAUAGAAUUUGUUACUUUUAAAAACCUGAUACUCUUUAAUCUCUCCUGCAAGUAAAACAGUUUGCUUCAUUUCUUACUCAUUUCAAUUUACUGGGUUUGCAAAAUUUUGUAAACUUUUUGUGUUUUUAGCCUUUGUAUUUUUUACAGCCUAGAUCCUUGCAAAGUCUGAAUAUUUUUUAAACGUGUAUCUUGACUAGUUCACUAAUGCAGUAUUUUGGGCAGACAGCAUUUUCAACCAAGUUCGACUUUGGUCUCCAAUCUUACACUGUGGGCCCUGGUAAUGUUAUUCUUUUCCUCUCUAGAAGGUAACCAAGUGCCUAUAUAAGUCAUGCUUAUUUGUAACAAUGAAGAUUAUACAUACCUGCUCAAAAUUUUUGAUAAUUGCUUUUAUAAUUCAUUUCUAAUGAUUAGGGACAUGUAAAAGUUGCUGAUAAAAGCAUAUUGUCCAUUUAAUUAUAUCAAGCUGGCUAAUGAAAUUAACUUUCUCCCCUGUUCUUGCCAGUUGGAAAUGAUUUAAAUGUUUCUCCUUGCAGUUGUAUUGAAGUAAAUUGCCAUUGGCAUCAAGAUGGAUGUCACAUGUUUGAAUGAUUCUGUAUUCAGUUACUACUUAUUAAGCAGUGUUCAAAAACAUUUUUACACUGUCCUGUUGAACACAAGGAUAUUUGGCUUUUACCAAAACUUAUUUAAAUAAAAAUUGGCAGUAGCUGCGUUAUUAAAUUAUGCAACUGAAGCUCCGGAAUUAUAUCUUUCCUGUAUUCCUUAAUAAGGUUGGAGACCACUGCAGUUUAGGGUAAUACAAUAAUAAAACAUUUUAAUCAGUACUAAAACUUUAAUUAAGCCAGUAAUGAUGCAUGCCUGUUGUAGCUGACAGCAUGGGUCAGUACAUCCUUCGGCGGUGCCUUACUCUAAUUGAAACCAAGCACAUGUAAGGUACACUAUGUUGACACUAUGUGAUUUUGGUUUUUUUACAGACUCUGUUACUUUUCCAGGCCUAUUUAAAUUUAUUUUAAAUAUUCCUGUGUGUAUUAGUCUUAAGUAUUUGGAGUCUCAGUAUACAAGAAAUAUGUACUUCAGUUUGUAUGCUUACCAUUGCCAUGUUAAUGGCAUACACUCAUUAUUUUUCAUAGUGACCUUGUUGCCGAAACAUUUAGUGUUCAGUCUUUAGUGAAAAAUAUAAAGUGCCAAAACAAUAUUGCAAGACAGAAUCCAUAUAUACACUCUUUCCAAGACACUGUGACCAUGCACAAUAGAAGUUUUUAUUUCCUGAUGACCAAAUUUCCCAACGAAUCAUGUAGAUAUUUUUAGCUCUUGUCCGGCUUCUUGUUUAUGACCCUCUUGUUGGAGUACACAGGAGGAAGCAGGAGAGCAUCUGGUCUGGCUGUGGCUUCCAACCUCUCUGCAAGCCGAGCAAGAGCUCUGUGGCCUAAACUCCCCACCGCAUAAGCCUAGCAGGCUGUCUCAUGUUUGGUAAUAACCUCAAAUUAUGGAUAGAAACACCAUCUGAUUUUGCUCCUGGGUUAGCUUU